CCCUCUCCGCUUCUUCAUCUCCCCCCGCUCUGCGCGAUCUCCCAAUACGAAUCUGUUCCUCUUCUUUGGCCUCAAAACGCUAAUCCAAAGUGUUUGCUAUUUGGUGAUCGAGGUCCGGAGGCGCAGGAGGAGUUGUGGGAGGCGGCGGGAAGAUGACGAGGCGAUGCUUCCACUGCAGCCACGAUGGCCACAACUCCCGGACGUGCCCCAACCGCGGGGUGAAGCUCUUCGGCGUGCGGCUCACCGACGGAUCCAUCCGGAAGAGCGCCAGCAUGGGGAACCUCUCCCUUCUCGCUGGAUCCAGCGGCGGCGCGUCGCCCGCCGACGGUCCGGAGCCUGGCGGCGGUGGCGCAUCCGCGGACGGAUACGCGUCGGAGGAUUUCGUCAAGGGGUCUUCCGCGAGCUGCCGCGAGCGGAAGAAGGGUAAUCCGUGGACUGAAGAAGAGCAUAGAAGGUUUUUACUUGGCUUGCAAAAGCUCGGAAAAGGCGACUGGCGAGGCAUAUCUCGUAACUACGUGGUUUCCAGGACGCCUACUCAAGUGGCUAGCCAUGCACAAAAGUAUUUUAUUCGUAAAGCCAACAUGACAAGAAGAAAGAGAAGAUCAAGCCUCUUUGAUAUGGAACCUGAUGAGCCCCUUGAACCUCAACCAUUUCUGAUGAGUUUCCAAGAAUCAGAUGCACAAAAUAACAAGCCUCCUCCGAUACCACCAACUCUGAAUGAGGAAUACGAAUCAAUGGACUCUAAUGACUCAAUAAUUGAAGCAGUUGUAUCACAACCAGAAGCUUCUCAGUGCAGCUAUCCUGUGAUACUUCCAGCUUAUUUUUCACCAUUUCUACAAUAUUCUUUCCCCAAUUGGUCAGGAAACAGAUCAGAUACCUCAGAGCAGCAGGCACAUGUAAUUAUUAAGCCAACACCAGUGCAUUCAAAGACUGCCAUAAAUGUUGAUGAGCUUGUUGGUAUGUCAAAACUGAGUAUAGGAGAGUCUGCUGGAGAAAAAUCAUCUACAUUGGAUUUACUUGGAGGAUCAAAGCGGCAAUCUGCCUUCCAUGCUAAUCCAUCCACAAGGGCUCACACAUGACCCAAGUAUUUGGACAGGGUCAGCAAGUGAAGGUUUGCCCUGUGUUAAUUAUCCUUGCCUUCCUGUUAAUAAAUAAUCAUGAAUGUAAAUGCAUUCUUGGGCAAUAUCCUUAUACUACAGCUUAUAUUCAUAUUCAGUAAUUAUUUUUUAAUACAUUAUCGAUUGGCUAGUUCUGUUAAUUCAUCAUGGUAGCAACUAAGAACUUACACACUUUUAUCUUAGAACUUAAAAUAUUCAGAUGCCUUUGUGGUCUAUCCUUUUGUUGAAGUGUUGUUAGUUGCAUCUAUAUGUUUGGAGUUUGGAGAAAGUCAAUCUUUUCUAACAAGCUGUUCAUUUUAAAAAUUUGCAAGGUAGUGCAUAUGUGCUUCAACCCUGUUGACCUUUUUGAACUGUAACCUUACUUUUAAUAUUUGAACAUGAACUUAGUUAAAGUGUUAGAGAUUCAUUACAUUAUCUAGAGCUUUUCUAUUAUUAAUUACUAUAGAAAUGCGUGCCAAAUGCACUGAAUUGCCCAAAGUUAUCUGAUGACGUAAUAAUUCUUUUUACUACAUGGUUGAUCUUACUACCGAACAUAUAGCUCCUAACUUAUAGCUUUAGUGUUUGUUUGAUUGCUUUUCAGAUGUUGAAUUCAAAAUGCUACUUCUUUAAAGUGGCACUUCCAAGAAUGAUUAGUUAACCCUUACUUGGCUUACUGCAAUAGUGAUUGCAGAGACAACAUAUUUCAUUUGGUUGAUCAUUAAAAAUUGAUACUGUAAAUUAAGUCUGAUUUUCCUUUUCUCUCUUUCACCAUUGUUGUAAGUUCUUUGAGGGAUGUUGGAGAUAUUUUUUUCGCUUUCACUUAUUGGUGAUUGUCAGUAAUCGAUGGAUUGUCACACAGUGUUAUUGUUGAUCCAUAGUGGAUGAUAGGAAUCCACAAGCUGCAGUUGCAGCCAGAGUUAGCUACUUAGAUAGACUUAGCAAGUUGUGAGAAAACACCAAAACAUCAUUGGCUGGCUCAUUGUUAAUGGCUGCAACCUAUUGAUCAAUGGAUAAUGAGCAAUGUAUAAGGAGAUUUUUGGUUGGUCGAUCACCAGUAUACGAAGAGGUUUACUAGCUCAUGGUGUCCUUGACCUGAAAAUGAACAUAUAUCAAUUGGCUAUAAGAUGAAAUCAGCAGGCCUACAAUUGUAGGCUAUAAUUAAAAAAAUCUAAAUGCAUCACUAAAAUAAUCUAAAAAAUCAAGUUCAUAUUUGUCAUAUUCGAUCAACUAAAGGAUGGCAUGAACGAUGUUAACUAAAAUAUUUAUACUUAUAAUAUUCUGUAGAUAGGGGCGUUAAGAGUCUGGUAUGAUCAAGGGCAUCAGAAGUCUUGUGUGAUUAUCGGAUACUUUUGAGAUUAAAAGGAAAAGUUUAUAAGAUAGUUGUGAAACCAAUAAUGAUUUAUGGAUUUGAGUGUUGGGUAACUAAGAAAAAACAUAUACAAAAAGUUUGUGCUAUCGAGAUGAAAAUGUUGAGAUAGAUGUGUGGAGUUACUAGGAUAGAUAGAAAAAGAAAUACUUUUAUUUGUGAACAAUUAGGUAUCACUUAGAUAGAGGAUAAGAUGUGAGAAAUCGUUUAAGAUGAUAUAAACAUGUGCUGAGGAGACUUCCAAAUACGAUAGUCAGAAGAGGUGAAAUAAUUAAUGUUAAUGAUAUGAGAAGAGAUAGAGGAAGACCUAAAAAAACUUUAGUAGAAACUAUAAAUAAAGAUUUAAGUACUCUAAACUUAACUAAAUAUAUGGCUUUUUAUAGAUCUCAAUAACGACAAAAGAUCCAUGUAGUCGACCCUACAUUGUUGGGACUUAUGACUUUGUUGUUGUUGUAUAAUAUUUUGUAGAUAUAAUGCUAAAGUUUAUAUUAUAUUCAAGGUUCACUAAGUUUUUCUGUCAUAAACUCCAUGUGGCCUGGUAUUGAUCAACUCCUGGUUUAUCUCUGUGAAGACUCCAGCUCAAUCUCUAGAAAAAUUUUGAACUUUGAGUAAAAUGGUUCAUAAGUGAUUAGAUACUACAAAGUAGGUGGAGAAGGCAUGAUGAUUAACACAAAUUUCAAACUAUAUGUUAUAUAGAAAUUUGCCAAGUAAAACAUAAAUGACUGGGUGACUAAAUAGUCUAAAUCCCUUCAAUCCUAAAUCACAUGUCAUGAUUUCUUAUUCAAAGAGUUGACUUCUUACUAGAUAGUUUGUGGCAAUUAAUGAGUAAGGCUUCUUUGUCAUCAGUACAUUUGGUGAUUAUCCAUUGAUGGACUACCAGCAGGUGAUUGCUGAUCAAUCAUCAGCUGCAGCACUUCUAAACUGCAUUCAGACCAUUGACUCUUGGUUGCAGGCCUAAUUCACUUUGAAUGGCCAAUUCCUGCUGCCCAAAGUGGCUGAAAGUAAACAGUAGAAAUAGAAGCUCAAUUGCACUUUCCAGAUUGGUUUGGUUCUGAACCAAACUUGGGGGGUCCAAGUGACUAUACAAAACUUGGGAAAACCGAAUGACUAAAGCUGCUAACUUCUUGUUGCCAAAUUUUGGUUUCACGGACCACACCUUAAUGUCGAAGUUGGCUGCCACUGUUUGGUUUUGUUUCAUUUGUACUUUCUAAAUUGCAACCGACUCUUGAACAGAUUUACACUUAUUUUCUUUGUUUUGCAAGUCUUACAGGUAGCUUUCUUAUUGAAAAUUCUGGGCCCAAAAUUUAAUAGACGCAGAAGACAAUUCUAUGGUCUGUGAUUUUACUUGGUUAUUUGCAUCCUGAUUCCUAUUAGAAUUGACAGACAUAGUUUAUUGUAAAUGGAAUAAUAAUGUAGACCCAAGGUAUUAUAUGGAUAUGAACGGACGCUUUAUGCACUCCAACUAAGCUGAUAUUGUUGACUUUGCAUGAAACUUGUGGUCUCAAACAAAUUCCAUGACUUGUCAGUGUAAUUGAUCCAAUGCCCAUGGGAGAGAGAUUUAAUUUGCUUUUUCUAUAGGGAUUAUUAUAGUUUAUAAAGUACUUAUUAUUUUAGUCUGAUUUCUUGUGAUAUAUGUGCUGAGCAUGUCUCUCUGCUGUCUUGACCUAAUUAAGAUGCUGUGCUGCUGCCAAUGCAACCAUGUCCUCCGAAAGGACUUGUUUCCACCAGAACACAUUUGGAUCUAUGCAUUUCUAACCAUCUUUCUGCUUCUGCGAACCACAAGCCAUUCAUUUUUUGAGUCCAUAAAUAAUGUGCAGCUUCAAGUACUUAAAUAAUUUUCUUCAAUGGGAUAUCCAUCAGUCAGUCGGCUACAUGGAAGAUCAACAAAAAUAUGUACAAUAUUCUUUUACAACAUGCCAGCAAACUGGAUGGUCUGGAUUGGUGAUCUGUGAUGGAUUUCAUACAUGUACUUGCACCUUUGCAUUAUUUUUUUGUAUGCAUUAUUUGCUGAAGACAGAUAUAACUUGUCUCUAGCAUUAAGGUCCAAAUUUAUUGGCUAGUGACGACUGGUACUGUGUUAUUUUUCAUGCCUAUUUACAUCUGGCGGGACCUUGUAUUCGGACACUUGAAUUAUCAAGAAUCUUGAUCAACAUGUUAUUGGUAUUUAGCCGAA